AUGGCCAAGUUCGCUCGAGUCAGGAACUCAGGUUCUAUAUUCCGGAAGGUUUCUCUAAUCUUCUGGAAGGUUCUCGGUCCGCUGUUAAGACUUCCAGAAGGUUCUCAGUCUGCAUUAAGUCUUCCAGAAGGUUCUCAGUCCGCAUUUAGACUUCCGGAAGAUUCUCAGUCCGAAUUAAGUCUCCCAGAGGGUUCUCAGUCCGAAUUAAGUCUUCCGGAAGGUUCUCAAUCCGAAUUAAGACUUCCGGAAGGUUCUCAGUCCGAAUUAAGUCUUCCAGAAGGUUCUCAGUCCGAAUUAAGUCUUCCGGAAGGUUCUCAAUCCGAAUUAAGACUUCCGGAAGGUUCUCAGUCCGAAUUAAGACUUCCGGAAGGUUCUCAGUCCGCAUUAAGUCUUCCAGAAGGUUCUCAGUCCGAAUUAAGUCUUCCGGAAGGUUCUCAGUCCGUAUUAAGACUUCCAGAAGGUCCUCAGUCCGAAUUAAGUCUUCCGGAAGGUUCUCAGUCCGAAUUAAGUCUUCCGGAAGGUUCUCAGUCCGCAUUAAGACUUCCGGAAGAUUCUCAGUCCGCAUUAAGUCUUCCAGAAGAUUCUCAGUCCGUAUUAAGACUUCCGGAAGGUUCUCGGUCUGCAUUAAGACUUCCAGAAGGUUCUCAGUCUGCAUUAAGUCUUCCAGAAGGUUCUCAGUCCGCAUUAAGACUUCCAGAAGGUUCUCAGUCCGCAUUAAGACUUCCAGAAGGUUCUCAGUCCGCAUUAAGACUUCCGGAAGGUUCUCAGUCCGCAUUAAGUCUUCCGGAAGGUUCUCGGUCCGCAUUAAGACUUCUGGAAGGUUCUCAGUCCGCAUUAAGUCUUCCGGAAGGUUCUCGGUCCGCAUUAAGACUUCUGGAAGGUUCUCAGUCCGAAUUAAGUUUUCCAGAAGAUUCUCAGUCUGAAUUAAGACUUCCGGAAGGAAUUUAG